AUGCGAACAUGGUUCUACACUGAAAAACACCGGAAGGCAUGUCUUGAGAGUGUCCAUUUGUUCAAACUGUCAGAAGAAAACAAUUUAGAAACGACAACAGAAACGACGUCUUCCCUUGUCGAAAAAGUCUCGGGGAUUAAUAACCUUGCGCAAGCCAUAUUCUCAUUGUUUAACAUCAUUCUCUCGAAAUUAAAACCAGAACACUUCAUUGUGUUGUUUAAUAAGCUCACAACAGUGUUUAACAACCUCUUCAAUUUGUUUGACAAACAUGUGGAAGUUAUCGACAAAAUUGCGAACUCCGAGACUCUUGUUGAGAUCUACGACUUGUUUGUUGUACAACUUUUCGAGAUGUUUUUAGCAAUCUUUUUAGUCGACGAAGAGCACAGAAAGCUCAUCACGACUUCAUUCUUCUCUUUUGUGGAGAGUGUGCUCACUCAAUUUGUUGAUAACAAGUGUGAGUUUUCUUUGAGUGUUCCAAAGAGCGUUGUCUUAUCCUUUUUGACUCAGAUGCUCAAGAUUCAAGAUGAUGCAGUCUACUUUCAAAUGUCUGAUUAUAUCUAUACAAUUGUUGUCGAUAUGAUCCUCACAAAAGACGACGACACCCGUGAAUUAAUUCGGUCUGUUUUAUCCCGUCAUAGGAAAAACUCAAUUGCCAAGAGUGUUUCUAAAUAA